AUGGACGCCAACGGCACCUACACAGGCUUCGGCCUUACUCCGGCUCAACAAGCCGACACCCCCAAAAAGCCCCAUCUCUACAUCGGCAACCUCUCUCCCCGGGUCACAGACUACAUGCUCACCGAGAUCUUUGCCGUCGCUGGCCCCGUCGUCCAGGCCAAGAUCAUCCAGGACCGCACCUUUUCGCACGGCGGCUUCAACUACGGCUUCGUCGAGUAUGCGGAUAUGCGCAGUGCCGAGCAGGCACUCACGACGCUGAAUGGGCGCAAGAUAUUCGAUGCGGAAGUGAGGGUCAACUGGGCGUAUCAGAAUCAGACAAAGGAGGACACGCAGCAUCACUUUCACGUGUUUGUGGGGGAUCUCAGUCCGGAGGUCAACGACGAGGUGCUGAGCAAGGCGUUUGGCGCGUUUGGGACCAUGUCGGAGGCGAGGGUCAUGUGGGAUAUGAACACGGGCAAGUCGAGGGGGUAUGGGUUCUUGUCGUUCAGGGAAAAGCCAGACGCAGAGCAGGCUAUCCAAACGAUGAACGGCGAAUGGCUCGGCUCUCGCGCUAUCCGCGUUAACUGGGCCAACCAGAAAACCCAGACUGGCCGAGUCGGCGGAACGGGUGGACCUGGCGCACCUCCCGGACCCAGCGGCGGCGCCAGCCCCAGCAUGGGCAUGCCACCUCCCAUGGGCGGCGUAUCACCCAUGGCCUACGUCCCUCGCAAUCCCAUCGCCGCAACCCCCAUGGCCAUGCCGCCUCAACACAUGGGCAUGUCCCACUCGCCCGCUCCUGGCUCAUACCACACCGCCCCUCCCCUCCCAUUCGACCAAGUCCUCCUCCAGACCCCCGAAUACAAUACCACCGUCUAUGUCGGAAACCUCAUCCCAUACACUACCCAGGCAGACCUCAUCCCCCUCUUCCAGGGCUACGGCUACAUUGUCGAGAUCCGCAUGCAGGCGGACCGCGGGUUCGCGUUCAUCAAGCUCGACACGCAUCAGAAUGCCGCGCUGGCCAUUACACAGCUGUCAAACCAGCUCGUACAUGGUCGACCGAUCAAGUGUAGCUGGGGGAAGGACAAGGCGCCGGACGGGCACCCAGGUACAGGCGUUGCGGCUCCAGGGAUGACUGCGCCGCCUCAGGCCCCACAAGGACAAUACGGAAUGCCAGCAAUGAACUACCCAAAUUACUACAACUACAACCAACAACAGCAAUACACGUACGCCCAACAAGGCAUUCCCGGCCAGCCGGGAUCACAAGCUGGCGGACCUUCUUCUGCCGGCGCAGCACCAACGCCCGACUCGGCGCACCAAGCAUCCAUGUCUCCACAGUCUCAUGCAGUCACGCCGGGCGCGGGGGCGGGAUCGGGGGGAUGGGAUCAGGCGGCGCAGGCGGCUUACUACCAGACGGCAGGAUGGGGAGGGUACUAUGCACCCCAGGAGGGCGGGCAGACUCAAUGA